GCGUAGUACGCAGGCCCGGAACGGGGUUGUUGGGUUGUCAAUUGUGACUGUCUUUCGGACUGUAGUAAACAACAGUAGAAUUCAGAGGAAAUAUUUGUAUUGUUUUGUUUUUAUUCAUAGGCACAGCGCGAUUAUUACAAUUAAUAGAAAACGGAGCAUUCGCACUGUAAAUAUAUUUGGAUAUAAAGUGUUGUGUGGCUGUCUAAAAAUUCCUGAACCGGUGUCACUGAAGCGAUGCAACAUGGCAGCAGCUGCUGUCAAUAGGUAUUUUCUCUCAGCGCUGAGGACACACAGUCGGUGUCAAAGCCGUGGACUUAACUCUCUGGCGGAAAGGACAGUCAGCCGGCUGCCAUCUGUUUUUACAUGUAACCACAUGGGCGCAGAGGGAGACACGAGCCUGGACCGGGAGGCUCCUUCUGGGGACAGGAGAGGUGGAAGGAACAGCAGCGGCAGCAGCUGGUCUCCCUUGCUCAGUUCAGUGUCGGUGGGUCUGGGACUCUGUGGUGUGGCGCUCCUGGACAGUCAAAAAGAAGAAAAAGAAAACGACAGAGGAGUUUCAGUGUCCGGACGGUUUCUUGAACACAUCCUGCCUUCAGCCCAGUGUGCUUCUCCCUUUAAACCUGACAGCCCCCGGUAUAAAUACAACUUUAUUGCAGAUGUGGUCGAGAAGUCCACUCCAGCUGUCGUGUACAUUGAAAUCAUGGGCAGACACCCAUUUUCAGGGAGAGAAGUCCCGGUGUCCAAUGGCUCUGGCUUCAUUAUCAGCAGUGAUGGUCUCAUUGUGACCAAUGCCCAUGUUGUGGCCAACAAGAGAGGCGUCCGUGUGAAGCUAACCAACGGAGAUAUAUACCAUGCCACUGUGCAGGAUGUUGAUCCAGUGGCAGACAUUGCAACCAUCAAAAUCACUGCAAACAAUCCUUUACCCACGCUCACCCUCGGUCGGUCGUCUGACAUUCGACAAGGAGAGUUUGUGGUCGCCAUGGGAAGCCCGUUUGCUUUACGGAAUACGAUCACGUCAGGAAUCGUCAGCUCAGUGCAGAGAGGCAGUAAGGAGCUGGGCCUGUCCAACUCCAACAUGGACUACAUUCAGACGGAUGCAACCAUUGAUUUUGGAAAUUCUGGAGGUCCCCUGAUUAACUUGGAUGGUGAUGUCAUUGGUAUAAACACCAUGAAGGUCACUGCAGGGAUCUCGUUUGCUAUUCCGUCCGAUCGUGUGAGAGUUUUCCUUGAUCAAGCAGCAAAAAGAAAGAGUACCUGGUUUGGUGAGACAAAGCGGCGAUACAUUGGUGUAAUGAUGCUGACGCUGACGCCAAGCAUCAUUGCGGAGUUGAAAUUAAGAGACCCAUCCUUCCCAGACGUGACGCAUGGCAUCCUGAUUCACAGAGUCAUCAUGGGCUCCCCGGCCAACAGAGCUGGCAUGCUACCAGGUGACGUCGUGGUGGAGAUAAAUGGGGUGAAGGUGAACACCUCAGAGGAGAUCUACCAGGCCGUCCGCAACAGUGACAAAAUCACCAUGGUGGUGCAGAGAGGGCACGAGUUGCUUCAACUGCAAAUGACCCCAGAGUACACAGAGUGACGCCAGUUUCAUUUCGUAACCACUUGUUGACCUGAUUGACAGCCCGUCACAUGACUAGUUCAUGUAUGGAAGAGAUGAAAACUCUGAAACCAGAUUGUGACAGUGAACGGCUGACGAAAUAGUGUUUUUGCUCUAAACUUUUGUAAAAUCUGUUGUUAGCGCAAAUGAAAUCACAACACAGACUGCAGUGUCAGCUUAAAGUAAAAUAGGUGUUUUUAGCCAUAUGUAUCAGUUCACGUAUUGCCUGUCUUCUCUACAUGGCUGUUGGCUACACAUGAUUUCAAUGUCAUUUCUCAAACACAAACCUUUUGAAUCCUUAAAAACCUGCCAGCAUCUGAAGACUUAAAUGGAUAAAGAGUCCAGUAUUUAUUGCCAGGUUUUUCUGAGUAAAAAAAGAAAAAAGUGUUUUUUACCUUGACAAAAUGCUUUGUUACUUCUUACUUGGCAAAGUAAGAAAACUAGUCAGUGUCAUUUAAUAAUUUGAGUUUCCACAGCCCAAAAUACAGUAUUUGUGAAAUAAGUUAAUAAAACCUGAAACAAUGUACUUUAUUUAAGCCAUUUAAUGUUAGACAGCAACAAGAAGCAUGAGAGACCCAACAAUAUGGCAUGGAGCGAUGUUAUUAAACUGACUACCAUUAA